AUGUCUUCCACCAGCACGUGGGGCUUCAGGCCGUGUCCCAGCCACUGCCAGUGCUACGAGUCCUCUGACCUGGUGGACUGCAGGUCUCGUGGGCUGGUACGAGUCCCCACCGGUGUUCCACACAGCACCUGGCUGCUGGACCUGAGUGAGAACCAGUUGGCUGAGGUGUGUACCAGAUCCUUCAUGGGACUGUGGUCACUGAAGAUCCUCAUCAUGUCCAACAACAGCAUCCAAACUCUGCAGUCACAGUCUCUGUCGUCUCUACAAUUUCUGGAACGGUUGGACUUGAGUUGGAACCAGCUGCGUUGGCUCCCUAAGGACUUCUCUCAGAGUCUGUCCUCCCUGCAAGAGCUCCGGCUGGACCACAACCUACUGGAGCACCUCAACUCCUCUUCUCUGGGUGACUUUGAGAACCUGAAAAAACUGAACCUCAGCUACAACCUCAUCCAGACGAUGGAUGCCGGAGCUUUCAUCGGUCUGUCUCGACUGAUCCUCCUCAGCCUGGAGGGGAACAAGCUGACGGUGCUCAAGGAAGGUCUGUUCAACCGGCAGAUAAACCUGGAGGUGCUACUGCUCGACCACAACAACAUCUCACUGAUCGAACCCAAGGCUCUGGCACCUUUACGGAGUCUGACUCUGCUUGGUCUCCAGGGAAACCAGCUGGUGCACAUCAGGUUCAAGACCUUCCUGAAGCUCCAGACUACCAACACCCACCUUCAAUUGUCCCUCAACCCCUGGACCUGCGACUGCGAGCUACAUCGUGUCUUCAGCAAGAUCUGGAAUGUUCGACGUCUGCAAGUGGGGGACUAUAAAGAAAUCCUGUGUCAUGCUCCUGCUCAGCUGGCCGGGGUCCCCCUGUCCUCAGUGGACAGUCAUCUGUGUAUAGCUGAGACGGCGUCGGUGCUCGUCAUCACCGUCACCGUCAUGCUCGCUGUGAUUGGUGCCCUGAUCAAAGCAGAACACAACCGAAAGAACAAACAAGCAUCAAGUGAAUCAGAGUCAGAGAGACAAGAAAAGUGA